AUGGGUGAAUUAUAUGCUUGGUAUCAUCAAAAUUUGAAGUAUGGAACUCAUACAACUCUUAUUCUGGGCGCAAAAUUUUCAUUGAAGCCUGAUUCUUGGGUCCGACCUAUAGAACAAAAUCUGCCACUACCAGGUGCAGCGGCAGAUAACUUUGGAAAUCCAUAUCCAUCAAUGGUUAUCGAAGGAACAAGUUUCUUGAUCAUGAAUGAUCAACAAGGCCAAAGUCAGGAAGAAGGAAUUCACUUCCCUAACAUGAAUAUUAUCUCCGUAUACAACAGUCCAAAUUGUAUUGCAAGUCCACAGAGAAUAACCCUAAACUAUAUUACCAAUACCAAGGGUGUUCCUUUAUAUAACAUUACUGGAGUUGGACUCUCUGGCUCAAUUUCUGGCAAUAAUUAUCCUGCUUGA